CAGGCUGGGUGUCAAUGCAACACGCCCUGCCCUGCCGCCGGCUGGCUGCAGCUGCUGCGGAGCGGAGCAAUGGCUGCCACCGGGGUGCUCCCCUUCAUCCGGGGGGUCGAUCUGAGUGGGAACGACUUCAAGGGUGGCUAUUUUCCGGACCACGUGAAGUCCAUGACCAGCUUGCGAUGGCUGAAGCUGAACCGGACCGGCCUGUGCUACCUGCCAGAGGAGCUCUCUUCCCUCCAGAAACUGGAGCACCUGUCUGUGAGCCACAACAGCCUGACCACGCUCCACGGAGAGCUCACCGGCCUGCCGUGCCUCCGGGCAAUUGUGGCUCGAGCGAACAGCCUGAAGAAUUCCGGCGUCCCCGACGACAUUUUCCAGCUCGAUGACCUCUCGGUGCUGGACCUGAGCUACAACCAGCUCACAGAGUGUCCCCGGGAGCUGGAGAACGCCAAGAACAUGCUUGUGCUCAACCUCGGCCACAACAGCAUCGAUACCAUCCCCACCCAGCUCUUCAUCAACCUGACGGACCUGCUGUACCUGGACCUGAGCGAGAACCGGCUGGAGAGCCUCCCGCCCCAGAUGAGGCGCCUGGUGCACCUUCAGACCUUGAUCCUGAACCGCCCAGCUCCGGCAGCUGCCCGCCAUGACGGCUCUGCAGACCCUCCACCUGAGGAACACGCAGCGCACGCAGAGCAACCUGCCCACCAGCCUGGAAGGCCUGACCAACCUCGCCGGGCAGGGCCUUCAACUCCGGCCUGCCUGAGCCCGUCGCUGGCAGCUCCCUCUUCCCCGAUGGCAGCCCGGCGACGGCUGAGCCGGGUCCCCGAGUGCCUCUACACCCUCUCCAGCCUGCGCCGCCUCAACCUGAGCAGCAACGAGAUCGCGGAGCUCUCCCUCUGCAUCGACCAGUGGACCCAGCUGGAGACCCUCAACCUGUCCCGCAACCUGCUCACCUCGCUGCCCUCCGCCAUCUGCAAGCUGAUCAAGCUGAAGAAGCUGUAUCUGAACUCCAACAAGCUGGACUUCGACGGCAUUCCCUCGGGCAUCGGCAAGCUGGCCAGCCUGGAGGAGUUCAUGGCCGCCAACAACAACCUGGAGCUGAUCCCCGAGAGCCUGCUAGGGGCUGCCCCUGAUCCGUGGCCCGUCUCUCCCCAUGUCCAGUCCGCCAUCUGCAAGCUGAUCAAGCUGAAGAAGCUGUAUCUGAACUCCAACAAGCUGGACUUCGACGGCAUUCCCUCGGGCAUCGGCAAGCUGGCCAGCCUGGAGGAGUUCAUGGCCGCCAACAACAACCUGGAGCUGAUCCCCGAGAGCCUGCCGUGGGCCCUGCUGGCUGGAUUAACCCUGGGCCCCGGCGUGCCCACUGCUGGGCAUGGCUUUCCUGGUUGGUGGGCCGGAUUCGGCCGGGGACCGGAUCUUGCCUUCCCCUGCCCUAGCAAGAUCCUCUGUGCGGGGGAUGCUGUGGAGUCCAGGCCUGGGAGAAGCCCCCCCGCCCUCCCCUCUCGCCCCCCCGCCCGGCAGGAGAACGGGGACGUGAAAUACACGGACCUGAAGACGCGCCGGUGGGACCAGAGCCUGGAGAAGCCGCAGCUCAACUACUCGGAGUUCUUCACGGAGGACGUGGGGCAGAUCCCCGGCGUCUCCGUCUGGCAGAUGGAGAACUUCGUGCCCACCCUGGUGGACGAGGCCUUCAACGGGAAGUUCUACGAGGCCGACUGCUACAUCGUGCUGAAGACGUUCCUGGACGACAGCGGCUCCCUGAGCUGGGAGAUCUAUUACUGGAUCGGGCAGGAGGCCACGCUGGACAAGAAGGCCAGUGCGGCCAUCCACGCCGUCAACCUGCGCAACUACCUGGGGGCCGAGUGCCGCACCGUGCGGGAGGAGAUGGGGGACGAGAGCGACGAGUUCAACCAGGUGUUUGACCACGAGAUCUCCUACAUCGAGGGGGGCACAGCCAGCGGCUUCUACACCGUGGAGGACGCGCAGUACAUCACCCGGCUGUAUCGGGUCUACGGGAAGAAGAAUGUUAAGCUGGAGCCUGUGGCGCUGAAGGCUGCCUCGCUGGACCCCCGGGGGCUGGCCUGCUGGGAUAGGGGUGGUCACCUGCAGGCCCCCGUCUGGGAGCAGAAGCUGCAGAGAUCAGAGGAGGAGGAGGAGGAGGAGAAGCAGCCGGAGGAAGACUUCCAGUGCAUCGUGUACUUCUGGCAGGGGCGCGAGGCCUCCAACAUGGGCUGGCUCACCUUCACCUUCAGCCUGCAGAAGAAGUUUGAGAGCCUCUUCCCCGGCAAGCUGGAGGUCGUGCGCAUGACCCAGCAGCAGGAGAACCCCAAGUUCCUGUCUCACUUCAAGAGGAAGUUCAUUAUCCACAAGGGCAAGAGGAAGUCCAAGGAGGACAACCUGCAGCCCAGCCUGUACCACGUCCGCACCAACGGCAGCGCCCUCUGCACCCGGUGCAUCCAGAUCGGCACCGCCGCCAGCCUGCUCAACUCGGAGUUCUGCUUUAUCCUGAAGGUGCCGUUCGAGAGCACCGAUAACCAAGGCAUCGUCUACACCUGGGUGGGCCGGGCCGCCGACCCCGAGGAGGCCAAGCUGGCUGAGGACAUCAUGAACCACAUGUUCGAUGACUCGUACAGCAAGCAGGUGAUAAACGAAGGGGAGGAGCCAGAGAACUUUUUCUGGGUUGGUAUCGGGGGCCAGAAGGCCUAUGACGAAGACGCCGACUACAUGAAGUACUCGCGGCUGUUCAGGUGCUCUAACGAGAAAGGCUACUUCGCCGUGUCGGAGAAGUGCUCCGAUUUCUGCCAGGACGACCUGGCGGACGACGACAUCAUGCUGCUGGACAACGGCCAGGAGGUUUACAUGUGGGUGGGCACCCAGACGAGCCAGGUGGAAAUCAAGCUGAGCUUGAAAGCUUGCCAGGUAAGGCUGGGCUGGAGCAUCUCCAGGGGCUCCCGGGCUACGAAUGGAGGCUGGUAACUGGGGGGGGGGGAGCACACUGCUGCA